CGUGUAUGACAAUUGACAACUAUGAUCUGACAUAAAGGAGAAAGAUUAUUUAUUUACUAUGAGGUAAAAUGAGAAAUUUGUAAAUAAACAGUAAUUCCAAUGUGGAAUUGAAAUCACCCUGUAACAAAACAUUUACCGUAUGUUUUCAAAUAGAUUUUAUAUUAAUCCACAAGUGUAAUAUGGCAGCUAAAGAGGGUUGGAAUUACAUUUCAGGUGUUCCGGAAACAGAAGAACAACAAAAACUACGAUUUCAGGUUGAAUUAGAAUUUGUACAAUGUUUAGGGAAUCCAAAUUAUUUGAAUUUUUUAGCUCAAAGAGGAUAUUUUAAAGAUAGUACAUUUGUUAACUACCUAAAGUAUCUCUCAUAUUGGAAAGAACCAGAAUAUGCCAAAUAUCUGAAGUAUCCCAUGUGUCUCCACUUCUUAGAUUUGCUUCAAUAUGAGCAUUUCCGCAGAGAACUUGUAAAUGCACAGUGCUCUAAAUUUAUUGAUGACCAACAAAUUCUUCUAUGGCAGCAUUACACUCGAAGAAGAAAUAGAUUACUUACUCCACAAAAUCCAAAUGCAACACCAGAACAAAACUCAGGAAACCAAAGUAAUCAACAAACUAAUGGUCAUAUGAAUCCAAAAAUAACAUAAAAAUACAUUCUAUCUCUGUGGAUUUUACCUUGACGUAUAUUUAUAAAAUCAAAUAUUGGGUAUGUUGAAAAGUUAUUUAAAGUAAGGUUUUGUAUAUUUGAUAUUUUUAAGAAGUAAAUAACUAAUAGUCAAA